AUGGCUUUGAAAUUGGACAUGAAGAAAGCCUAUGAUCGUUUGGAGUGGAGCUUCAUUGAGGGGAUUCUGAUCCAGUUUGGCUUCUGUAAGAAGUGGGUGGACAUGGUUAUGGCAUGUAUUACCUCAGUCUCUUAUGAGAUCUUGAUUAAUGGGGCUGUUCGUGGCGUUGUUACCCCUACCAGAGGCAUUAGGCAUGGUGACUCACUUUCCCUAGCCAUUUUCGUGUUAUGCUCCCAGGCUCUAAGCUCUGUCUUGAAGCAAGCGAAAGAGAGGAACUUGAUUCACAGUAUUAAGAAUCGAGUUUGGAAAGUGGAGCUAAUUAGGGGAGUCUUUCACCCUGUGGAUGAGGCAGAGAUCUUAAAUAUUCAAUUGAGUGUGUUCAAUAGACCUGAUAUACAGGUUUGGGGUGUUUCUAAGAGCGGCGUAUACUCUUCCAAGUCGACUUACCAUCUCCUGAACAAUCUGGAAGAGAGGAAGCGAAGUAUGGCUGCAGCUUCCCCCUCUCAUAUGGAGAACCAAAUCCCAAACUCUACUUGGAAAAGGAUUUGGUCUUGCAACUCCUUACCUAAAAUCAAAAGUUUCUUGUGGAGGGCCUGCUUGAAUGCCAUUGCUUGUGCAGAUAAUCCGAGGAAGAAAUGCAUCCUCAUUGAUCCCCUCUGGAGUAGAUGUGGUAGAGCCUUGAAAUCAACUAACCACCUUCUCUUGGAUUGUGAUUUUUCCAGGGCUGUAUGGUUUGGAUCUCGAUUGUCCUUUGUUCCCCCAUCUCAAGACCCGCAGAUUUCCAAAGCCAUCCAUUGUUGGGGGUCCCUUUCUCCAUUCGACAAGGUAGCUAGCAAAGUGAUCAUUAGUUUUGCCUCCUUCUUAUGCUCGAAUUUAUGGCUCUCCCGAAAUGAUCUUACUUUCAAUGGUAAGAACUCAUCCCCGCAGGAGGUUAUUCAACAAGCUGAAAGAAGUUUCUUAGAAUUCAAAGAGGGUGUCACCAAGUCUUCAGUCCAGAGUAAUCAAAGUCCUACACCAGCUCAAUCUUCUACUCCUACAUCUUGGACCCCUCCGGCUCCUCAGUUAGUAAAGAUGAAUGUGGAUGCAACGCUAAACAAAGGCAAAGGGGGCAUUGGUUUGGUGGUUAGAAACUCAACAGGAAUCCCUUCCUUAGCAGUAUCCUAUCCGAUGGUCUUCUCGUCCCCUCUUCGGAGUGAAGCUCUUGCAAUUAGAGUUGGGCUCUUGGAAGGCAUAUCUGAAGGAUUGGACUUCUUAAUGGUGGAAUCUAACUGUAAAGAGUUGAUCUCCUUGGUAUUCGGUUCUCAGUCAACUACUCCUCCUGAGGUUUAUACUAUUUUGCAGGACAUUAGAGAGCUGAGAGGCUACUUCAGGGAAUGUACUUUCCACCAUGUUUCUAGGGAGAAUAACAGCAUGGCUGACUCCCUAGCAAGGAGGACGAUUUCCUUAGCGUGUAGGAUUUCCUGGCCCAUUUCCACUACUUGGAUGUCUGACCUUGUAACUUGA